GCAGUAUAUUAAUCCCUUUAACCAAGCACUCGAUCAACGAAUUGAUUGAGAUAUUGAGCGAGCAUGGCAAGUUCUACUGUUAACUUCAAUGCAAUUGUUCCCGAACUUCUUAACCAACAUAACUAUGAAGAGUGGAGCUCUCGGGUCAAGACAUACUUGUUGGCAGAAGACCUUUGGGAUGUGGUGAAAGGGAAACAUCCUAUACCAAAUGCUGAAGCUGAAAACAAGUUGUGGAUGAAGAACAAUGCCAAGGCUUUACAUGCCAUUAACAUUUCGUGCGGGACUGAGAUGUUUUCUUUUAUCCGUAAAAGCAACACAGCCAUGGAAGCAUGGGAGGUAUUGGAGAAAGAGUUCAAGCUACGUCUCAAGUCAGAAAUAGAAGAAACAGCUGGCGAGAACAAUGCCAACAACUUUGAUCGCUAUGCUCCGUUCUUCGAUUACGUCAUGGGUGGUGAUUGGGAUAAUGCAAAGGAGUGUCUCUUAGGACUUGGAUCAGAUGCCGACAACGCAUUAAGAGCAACAGACCCAUAUUAUCAAAACACAGCUCUUCACGUAGCAGCAUUGAAUGGGAAGGUGCAUAUUGUGAAAGAAUUGGUGCAGCUAAUGACACCGGAAGAUUUGGAAAUCAAAGGCCACAAUGGUGCCACACCAUUGGGUGCCCUUGCAAGGCAGUGCAAGGUCGAAGGAGAUGCGAUCGAGAUGGCAAAAUACAUGGUUGAAAAGAACAACAGAUUAUUUUCGAUCCCUGUUACUCUUAGUAAUCGCAUUCCAGUUGUGGAGGCUGCUAGUUGGAGCAAAUGGAAAUUGGGUCGAUAUCUCUAUUCGGUCACUCCAACAGAAGCUCUAACGCCACAAAACGGUCCCCAUGGCGCUAUGCUUCUGGUCCAAUGUUUGGGCCGUCUGAAAAUGUUGGAUAUUGCAUGGGACUUGCUUCAACGUUGCCCAAACUUGGUCACAGAUAAACCUGUGAUAAUGUUGGCGGGAACACGCUCUGCAUUUUUAAGUGGAACGCGACUCACAUACUGGCAAAAAUGGGUUUACAACCGUAUACAUAUACAAGCAGUUGAUGUUAACAGUCUUGGUAUUUCCAUAAAUGUUUCAAACUUAAAAGAAGAUCAAGAUAAAACAAAUCGCUUUUGCUCAGUGAUGAGUUUAUUUAGAAGAAUUCUUAAGGGUCUACUCAAACUUUUGGGAAUCAAUACUAUAUAUGAAAUGAAACUUAAACAUCUCCAAAUCAUUAAGUUUCUACAAUGGAUGGGCCAAGUUGUAAGAAAUCAAAAUAAUCUUCAUGAGAUAGUUCCAAGUUCAAUGUUCGUAGCUGUAGAAAAAGGGCUGUUGAGUUUGUUACUCAUAUCUGUGAAGCAAACAACAGACUAAUAGACAUCUAUGAUGUAACAAAAGGCAACAUAUUCCAAUUUGCCAUCGAAUGUCGCCAAGAAAAAAUUUAUUCUCUUAUCUAUGGUCUUGAGAAAGAAAAGAGAGAAGAUAUUGGACUAACAGGAACG